AUUUAUUUGGCUGAUAUAUAUUUAUAACAGAUAUUUGUUAAGAUAUAAUAAAUGAUGUAUACAUGAUCCAAGAAAUGAUACUUUGAUAACAUCCUAACAAGAGUGACUGAAACACGGAUUUAGGCUCGUCUGAGUGUGUUAUAAAGCCAAAAUUUGAAAAAUGAUGUAUUUGUAUUAAUUUAAGCAUAUUUUGUAUCUAAAGUUUUGAUAUAUUUAUGUUAAAAUAAUUUUAUUAUCAUAAUAUGAGUAAUUACUUAAGGACUGUAAUUUUUAAAAAGGUUAUAAAAUCAUUACAAAAUAUAGACAAUGUUCAUCGAGAAAAAAUUAUGUCUAAUUUGCACGUAAAAUAUAAUCAGACAUGUGGUACAUACUCUUUCAUGCUUCCUUCAAAAUCGAAAGAUUAUGACAUAACAAAUGAAAUUAAAAAUCUUGAAAGAAAUGAUUUAAAUGAUACUUUUGAUAAUGUUACAAUAAAUAAUAAUACUAUAAAUUUUGAAGUAUCAAGAGAUAAAUAUUUGAAAACUGUUUUAGAAAAUAAUAUUUCUGGUGUAGAACCUCCAUUACUUGUAAACAAUGGUAAAAAUGUUAUCGUAGAAUUUAGUUCUCCAAACAUUGCGAAACCAUUUCAUUUUGGGCAUUUGCGUUCUACGAUUAUAGGAAAUUGUAUAGCCAAUAUAAAUGCUUUUUUACAAAAUAAUGUAGAGAGAAUAAAUUACCUGGGAGAUUGGGGUACACAAUUUGGUUUUAUUCAAUUAGGAAUUGAAAUGACAAAUACUAAUGAUGCAAAACUACAAGAGAAUCCUAUUAAAACUUUAUACGAAGUAUAUGUUACUGCUCAUAAAUCAGCUGAAAGUGAUCCAAAUCUGAGUGAGCGUGCCAAAGAAAUAUUUAAACGAUUAGAAUUUGGAGACAGCACAAUAUUAAACAAUUGGCAAACAAUUAGAAACUACACUGUUUUGGAAUUGGAAAAAGUCUAUAAAAGACUAGGUGUUAUUUUUGAUAAGUAUGAAUGGGAAUCUAUGUAUACUGCAAAAGAGAUAGAUAAAGUACUUAAUUUGAUAAAAGAAAAACAACUAUUAACAGUAGAUGAUAAAAACAGAAAGGUAAUAUCCAUAACUAAAGAAAAAGUUAUUCCAAUUCUUAAAAGUGAUGGUACAUCAUUAUAUAUAACUCGAGAUAUUGCUGCUGCUAUUGCUAGGUUUGAAAGAAACAAAUUUGAUAAUAUGUAUUAUGUUGUGGAUCACAGUCAAAGAGAUCAUUUCAUUGGUUUGGUUGAAAUUUUAAAUAAAAUGCAAUUACCCUGGGUAAAUAGGUUACAGCAUAUUCAAUAUGGUAGAAUACACGGUAUGAGUACAAGAAAAGGAACAGCAAUAUUUUUAGAAGAUAUUUUAAAUGAAGCAAAAGAAAUUAUGAGAUUAAAGCAAAUAAAUACAAAGACAACUAAGGUAUCAUUAGAUAAUCUUGAACCAACUGCUGAUAUUUUGGGCAUUUCUGGCGUGAUUGUUCAGGAUUUAAAGCAGAACAGAAUGAACAAUUACAAAUUUGAUUGGAAUUCUAUACACAAUAUGAAAGGUGAUUGUGGAAUAAAAUUGCAAUAUGCUCAUUGCCGGUUAUGUAGUUUAGAACGUCAAUCUAACGCUACAUUAGUAACAGAAUGUGAUCCAAGUUCUUUACGAGAACCAGAAGUUGAUAAUUUGAUUACAUUAAUCAGUCAGUUUGAUGAAGUAGUACUUAAAUCAUAUCAAGAAUUAGAACCAUGCAUAUUAACAGUAUAUCUUUUUCACUUAUGCAAAGCUAUCAAUGUAGCUUUUCGUGAAUUGAGAGUGAAAGACGAAUCACAUGAUGUAGGAAAUCAAAGAUUAUUACUUUUUCAUGUAGCAAAAGUUACCCUAGCACAAGGUAUGAGAUUACUUGGUUUAACACCUUUGGAGGAAAUGUAAACGAUUGAAGUAUUAAUAAUACAUUUUAUAUUUCAUACAUUUAUGUAAUGCUUAUAACUUGUUUAAAAUAAUAUUGUACAGU